CCUGUUUGAUUAUUGUGUUCACAUCACAUUACACGUAGUAACAAUUUAGGAUAUCGAUUUGCUAGUUUACAUGGCACUGGUUCCCUAGGGGCGCGACGCCCUAACCGUCUCGUUGGCCCUUUCACGCCAUCUUAAUAGCCUUAGAAUAGCGAGGAGCCAUGCCGGCGCUCAGCCCCGCCAAGAAGGGGACAGACAAGGGCAAGACCGGCAAGAAGACUGGCAAGCAGGAGCAAAAUGCACAAGACUACAUCCCGCCUCCCCCGCCUAUGCCGGGCGAUGAGGCAUUUGCUAUGCCCAUCCGUGAAAUCGUUAAGCCUGACAACCAGCUCUGGCUGUCGGAGGCGGACCUCAAUGAGGAGGUGGCAAAGAUGCUGACAGCCAACAACCCAGCAGCGCCAAAGAACAUCGUCCGAUUCAACAUGAAGGACAAAGUCUUUAAGCUGGAGCCCAUGGUAGAGCAGACAGUGGUUCACUACGCUACGGAUGGCUGGCUGCUGCAUAAGAGCUCGGAUGAGGCGAAGCGGCAGAUGGACAUGGAGAAGAUGGAGCAGGAGGCCAGUGCACGGUUCCAGGCGGACAUCGACCGCGCUAGCCACGAGCAUAAAGACCAUGGGGACGUGGAGCCCCCGGAUGACUCGCGCCAGCUGCGCAACCAGUUCAACUUCAGCGAGCGGGCAGCGCAGACCCUCAACUACCCGCUGCGGGACCGGGAGACGUUCACGGAACCGCCGCCGACAGCGACCGUCUCGGGUGCCUGCACACAGUGGGAGAUCUACGACGAGUACAUUAAGGACCUGGAGCGGCAGCGGAUAGAUGAGGCGAUGAAGUCCAAAGGCGGCAAGAAGGCGGCUGCGGCGGCAGCAGCGGCGGGCGCGGCGCACGCGGCAAAGAACGAGCACGUGCCCACGCUGCAAAGCCCGACGCUGAUGCACAGCCUGGGGACACUAGACCGCAUGGUGAACCAGAACAUGUACGAGGAGGUGGCUAUGGACUUCAAGUACUGGGACGACGCGUCGGACGCCUUCCGGCCCGGGGAAGGCUCGCUGCUGCCACUCUGGCGCUUUGUGUCGGACAAGAGCAAGCGGCGGCAGGUGACGAGCAUUUGCUGGAACCCGCUGUACGACGACAUGUUCGCGGUGGGCUACGGCAGCUACGAGUUCCUGAAGCAGGCGUCCGGCCUCAUCAACAUCUACUCGCUGAAGAACCCCUCGCACCCCGAGUACACCUUCCACACCGAGUCGGGCGUCAUGUGCGUGCACUUCCACCCCGAGUUCGCUAACCUGCUGGCGGUGGGCUGCUACGACGGCUCCGUGCUUGUGUACGACGUGCGGUUGAAGAAGGACGAGCCCAUCUACCAGGCCUCGGUGCGCACCGGCAAGCACAACGACCCAGUGUGGCAGAUCUACUGGCAGCCCGACGACGCGCAGAAGAGCCUGCAGUUCGUGUCGAUCUCGUCGGACGGCGCGGUGAACCUGUGGACGCUGACAAAGAGCGAGCUCAUACCCGAGUGCCUCAUGAAGCUGCGUGUGGUGCGCGCCGGCGAGACGAGCGAGGAGGAGGAUCCCAACGCCUCCGGGCCGGCGGGCGGCUGCUGCAUGGACUUCUGCAAGAUGCCGGGCCAGGAGUCCAUCUACCUGGUGGGCACGGAGGAGGGCGCCAUCCACCGCUGCUCCAAGGCCUACAGCUCGCAGUACCUGUCCACCUACGUCUCGCACCACCUGGCCGUGUACGCGGUGCACUGGAACAACAUCCACCCCUCCAUGUUCCUGUCCGCCUCCGCCGACUGGACCAUCAAGCUGUGGGACGUGCACGACCCCAAGCGCGCGGUCAUGAACUUUGACCUGAACGACUCCAUCGGCGAUGUGUCCUGGGCGCCCUACAGCGCCACCGUGUUCGCUGCCGUCACCGACGACGGCCGCGUGCACGUGUUCGACCUGGCGCAGAACAAGCUGCUGCCGCUGUGCAGCCAGAAGGUGGUGAAGAAGGCCAAGCUGACCAAGCUGGUGUUCAACCCCAAGCACCCCAUCGUGCUGGUGGGCGACGACAAGGGCUGCGUCACCUCGCUCAAGCUGAGCCCCAACCUGCGCAUCACGUCCAAGCCGGAGAAGGGUCAGAAGUUUGAGGACCUUGAGGUGGCCAAGUUGGACGGCGUGGUGGAGAUUGCGCGCAAGAGCGACGCCGACCUCGCCAAGAACGCGGCGCACUGAUGAGGGGCUUUCGGGUGGUUGUGCAAUAGCCGUGUGUGUUGUGGCGGUGGAGCGGAUGGUAAUGGGAGGGGGUUUGGAGGGUGCGUGCAGUGGAUACGGUACAGAUGACAGGGUCAAGACAUUGUGCGAUGGUACAGGGCGAGGAGGAUUGAUGGCAAAGCAAGGUGUUGGGGUGGGGUUGCUGGGGCUGCGGCAGGAGCGGCGCAGACCCACUGCUCAGGUAUGGUAUACGGUUGAAUGUUUGCGUGCUGCUGCCCAUCGGGCGCGCCAGGGUACUGCCAUUAGGGCGGUUUGUGCAGCUCGCCGGACAUGACCGCAGACUGGUGCAUGCGUCUGGGGCUUUGUGACUGACACAUGAAUGCGUGGGAUUCAUGGUUGCAUUUGGCUGAAUAUGUUACGGUGUAAAGCGAACGCGAUGUUGCUGCUAGUUAACCACAUCUAACGGAGCCAGGGGUGAUCGGAGCCGCUUCUCUUAGUUGCCAACCCUCGUUCUGUC